UGGCCUGAAAUUGAGGAUUAGAGUAUAAGCACAAGUAAAACCAGGACUCCUAUAUUAGUCUAGUACUUAAUACUCUGGCAAUCACAUUGAGCUGAAGCUGUAUCCAGAAAGUUACAUCUACUAGCAUGUGUCAUGUGUGUAUCAUCAUCAUGGAUUUGAGUAGUUGAACAUGGGAAAUGAGAUGGGAAACAAUAACGUAUCAGGGUUGCAAGAAGAAGAGAAGGCAAGAACUGAAGAAGAUCAAGGGAAGUUUUUGCAGGACGACAAUCAUGCAGAUGAACUCAAGGGAGAAAAUGGUACAAAACCAGAGGCUCAAGAAAAAGAUCUUCAUGGAAAUGUUUCUGUGGAGGACACUAAAGGAGAAGACAAUACAUAUCUAAUAGGGGAAAGUACAAAUUUUCAUGGAGUACUUAGUCCUUCUAAGACCCCUUUGGAAGAUUUGGCGGUUGAAAAACCAUUGGAGGGAAAUGAGACUUCAAAUGGAAAUGAAGAACAUGAUACAGAGUUCAAGCCUGUUUUUGUGCCUGUGGAAAUUCCACCGGAUUCAAAUGAUGCUGAUCUUAGGAGUGAAGACCAAGAGUUUGUUUCUUCUGAAAUAGCUGAUUUUUUGGAGAAGACAAACUUGGAUGAUAAUUUGCUAACAGCUGAGCAUGGUAGUAAGAAAGAAAUGCUGAUUGAAGGAGAAGAUAUUGAGGCAAAGAAUCAAAUCAUAGACUCAAAAGCUGGAUCAGGCGAAUGGGAUCCAAAUUCUGAUCAACAGGAAGUUGUUCAAUCUGAACAAGUGGCAGAGGGCAUCACUAUACCAGAGUCAGAGAAUGGUCACUUUGCAAGCAACAAAGUUACUGACGAUAUGUAUCUGUGUGUUAAACUGGAGAAUGGAGAUCAAAAUGUAGCCACUAUAAUGGACACGUCGCUAGUGAAAGCCAAGGGAGAUGAAGAUGAGUUUCAGACGCUACCUUGCAAAGAUAAAAUUGAUGUUAUUAAUCCUGACGAGAUUAAUUCUCAAAAUGAGCAUAAUGUUGACCAGUCACCGUUAAACGCAUUGCAACCACCACACGAGGCACAUGAGUCAACAGCAGAAGCUUCAUAUCAACAACAAGAGGCCUUGAAUUUACCAGUAGAAGGGUCAGAUGCACCAAUAGACACCAUGAACUCCCCACUGGAGACCUUACAGCCACCACUAGAGGCCUUGGAAUUACCACAAGAAGCAUCACAUCCUCAACCACUGGCCUUACCACUACUAAUGAAAGCCUCAGACUCGCCACUAGAAGAGUCAGAGGCACCACUAGAUGCCUUAAACCCAACAAUCAAGACCUUAGAGAUACCGCUAGAGGCCUCGGAAUCACCACUAGAAGCUUCAGAUCCGGAACCACUGGCCUUGGUGUUACUAGUAAAACCCUCAGAUCCACUGCUAGAAGCAUCAAACUUGCCAUCAGAGGCCUCAGAACCACCAAGAGAGACCUCAGAGUCAUCAGAAGCCUUGGAGCCUCCAGAAGAGGCCGUAGAAUCAAGACUAGAGAUUCAAAUAGAAGGCUCAAAGUUGCCACUUGAAACUAUGGCCACUCCAUUAGAAGCCUCAGACACACAUCUGGAAGCUUUUCCACAGGCCAGUUUGAUAAACUCUUCUCAAGAAGUUUAUGAACCGAAUAACAAAACAGUAAAUGUUACAGAAGCUAUACUGAUAACUAGUGAGAGGCAAAAUGAAGAAACCAAACUUGCUAACAACCAAGCCCAAAUUUCUGAAGAGAAUGACCAGAAGUUUGAGACUAUUGAGUCCGAGACAUCUCAAUCUGAACAAAUGUGUUUUGGGUCUGAUUGCGCUGGAUAUGAUAGUGGGAAUGCACUUGUUUCAAGUGUUGAGAAGGCUUGUGUACUCAUUGAAUCUGAUGUGCACAAUGACGAGCCUCAAGUUGCUCUUCAUAAUCAGACCCUUAAACCAUGUCUCAAAGAACAAGCGGCGAUGGAGGAAAGCAUGCCUCUCCCUGAAGAUAGCAUAAUAGGGAGCGAGGUAGAAAGUAAAGAAAACCAAGGUGAUCAUUCUAAAACUGAGUUUUGUGAUCAGGAAUUGAAAGAUUUAAAAACAGAUGACUCUCUUGCUUCUGAAUUAGAGUUUCUAGCUACUGAGACUGAUUCUAAGAAGAGUGCAGAACAAAGCAUGCAUGAGGCUAAUUUUACUAAUGGCAUUAGGGAGAAUUGUCAGCUUGAGGACCUUGAUGGAAAAUGUAGUGAUUAUCAAGUUACUUCUGCUGAUAAGAGCCUGCAGCUAAUAUCCAGUGAAGUUGGUGAUAUAAUGUCUGAAAUCAAAGCAGUCUCAACUGAAUCAAAUGCAACAGAGUACAAGCAUCAUGAAGAACUACCAAGAGAAGAGACUGGUGACGAAGAAAAAGAAUCUAUAGGAAAGUCUAUGUCACCUACCCAGGAUUUGCCCCCAUAUUAUCCUGAUUCUGAAGCUCUUGAAGACAAAAAUGAGUUGAUAGUAGACUCAAAAUCUGAGAUUUCUAUCACUGGGGAAAGUUUUCAUGCAAGCCCAAUUGUUGCAAUUAUGCAAACUAUGACGCCAACUCCUGAACAAGACGCUGAGCAGAAUAUUCAAGAAACUUCAGUGAUGGCAGAAACAUCAUUACUAUUUGAUGAGAAAAAUAUGGGUCAAGUAACAGUUGAAAAGCUCAUGACAGAACCAAGUUUAGAUAAUGCAAGUAACCAUGUUGAGUUCAGAAAGUCCCCAAGCUUCCAUUUUAAUCUCUCAGAUGAAUCAAAGUGCGAAGAAUCUGAUCAGACUCCACUACUAAGCAAUGACAGUAGUACAGGCAGAAGCUUGAAAACUCGAGAUGAAGCCAUGAUGCAUAAGCACAACGCGCAAAGUGGUCACAAUGCAGCUGAAGAUGAGGUUGCAUUAGUUGAAGAGAAGACAAUAAGGAUGGAAAGAAGCGACUCUGAGAGGCCAAGUGCUCCAUUUCUAAGUUUCUUACAAAAACAAGAGAGUGCAGAAAUUGUGGUUCCACCAGAAGAAGAGGAGAAGAGGGGUGCAAAUAGAAAGACAAAGAAGGAUCCCUGGACAGUGAUACACAAGACUUUUGCUUUAACUUCACCGCGAGAGAGUAAUGGGAAACGCAAGGCUAAGUCUUCUUCAAUCUUUUCUACUUGCAUUUGCUGUGCAAGUAAAAUCACAUGAAAGACUUGUGGUUUGGAAUAUGUGUUUGGGGUUUGGUUCUUGUGAAUUCUGUGGUUUGGUUUUGUGUUUGAUGAGGGGAGAUGGGGUGGUAGAGUAGCAGAUUGAGCAGUUCCGGAAAAGAGUCUGAUGCUUGUUACCAGUUAAGAUUAUUCAUGUUUGUAUUCAGUUUGGUCUAUGAUUUUGGUCCCCGUACUGUAAUCUUAUGUUUUCCAAGAAAUUGCUACGAGAGAAAAUUUGUAAUUCGUGAUUCAAGAAGUGCUGAUUCUUUACUGUAUACAGACGAAAUUGAAAUUUUUUUGGCGCCUCAGUAA